CUGAAUUGAAAGACGAAAACCCUACCAUUGCAGCAAACAAUGGGCAGUGGCACCACCGGCGCCGCCAAAAAGCACCAAAAGCGUCGGCCGCAGUUGCAGCCGAAGAAAUCCAUUGCCAAAAACAAAACUAAGGAUAAGAAGAAAAAGUCGAGUAAAGGUAACUCUAAAAGAAAUCAAAAGAAGAAUGGUUCUGAAUCUGAAACCCCCUUUGUAAAGGUUGAAAGAGUUAUCGUUGAACGGCCAACCAUCUCUCAGCAGCUCACUUUUCUAAUCCACCACUAUCAAUCAGCCAACGGCCAGCUUUCUUCCCUUGAACUCGAUUCCCUCAAAGAAACAUGCAUUGUUGAGCAAGGCCAGGACGCACCUGGAAACUUAGUUGGGGAUUUAAAAGUUGCUUUCGGAUCAUCAUGGAAAGAAGUGCUCUGUGAAAAACAUCUUCAAGAAGGGAAAGUUGAGCCAGGGAGUCCUGCACUUCUUGUUAUAAGUUCGUCUGCACUGAGAUCACUGGAGCUUCUCAGGGAAUUCCGAUCUUUGACAGGAGACUGCCAUGCUGCAAAGCUGUUCUCUAAGCACAUGAAGAUUGAAGAACAGGUAUCUGCACUAAAGAAUCGUGUCAAUAUUGCAAGUGGCACACCAAGCAGAAUUAAAAAGUUAAUUGAUAUGGAAGCACUGGGGCUGUCACGUUUAGCCGUAAUUGUGCUUGACAUGAACACAGAUGUCAAGGGAUAUUCCUUGUUCACUCUUCCACAAGUCAGAGAGGAGUUUUGGAACCUAUACAAAAGCUACUUCCAUCAACCACUGCUAGAAGGGAGGAUCCGGUUAUGUUUGUACGGCCCAAUGAUCUUGAAUUUGGGGGAGAAGAAGAGAAAGCAGCGUAAGGGUGCCUAAUCUUGAAUUUAGGGGGUGAAGAGGAGAGAGCAACCUAAGUCUGUCUAAUCAUCGGCGUGUCCCAGCACAGCGAGUCAACAAGCUUGUCGUUUGUGAUUAUAACCCAUCAAUUUCGUGGCGAGUUAAAUUGCGGUUGGCCAAUUUGCUAAGAAUGGACCGGUGAACAAAUGUGAUGCAGAAGGGUUGGCACCAUAAAAGUUUCAAUUUUGUGUAGGUGCAUUUGACCAAAUCUUAGCAUAAUUUUUUUGGAUAUUUUAUAAUACCAUCAUAAUCUUUUUCUUAAUCGUAGGAUUAGGAAUUUAAAUUCAUACUCAACUCUUCUAAUUUUAUGAAUAUUUUGAUUUACAUCGGGUAA